CAGAUGACAUGCCUAACAUACAUUGCCACUGUCACAUAACUACAAACAAACUCCUACAUUUCAUUUUCAUUUUCUUUUCCUGUUUUUCAUUCGUUUACCCUCGGUUUUGAUACGAGUUUUUGGUGCACGGAUUCAGUGGCGGUUCAUUGAUCAAACACAAGCAUGUGCAGAGUGAAGUUUGAUCAUAUCAUAGAAUAAGAAACAAAAAAAAAAAGACAUUUUUGGAAGCAAAGUAGGAAGCUUUACGACAUGUCUUUGCAACUCAGCUGCAAAACCGGAUCUUUCAAUCUCAACCCAUUUCCUUCUCCGAUAAGAGCUGCAACAAGCCACCAACAAUGUUCACCAAGCAUGGCAGUUAGGGGUUCUUAUUGCAUCAAUUCUAAUUCAGAUUUUUCAAGGAGAGGACAGCAUAAGAAGGGAUCAAGCUCAAGGGUGAAGGGCCUUGCUUCCAAGGGUUUCAUACCAAAAUCAUCAAUUGGAAGAAGCAACAAGAACAGGUAUGGGAAUGGGGGGAAUAAUAGUAGAGCCAAGGGGGAUUCAUUAGCUCCAAUAGUUAGUGACAAAGACAUCUCAGGAGAUGAUAAUAAACAAACACUCAAUGGGAGUAUUGAUGCCGAGGAAGCUGGUGAAGGGGAAGUUGGGAUUUUUCAGUCUGGGGAAACUGUAAAAGGAACCAAUUCUGAUAACCAUGAUGAAGUAAGUGAGGAAACUGUAAAUGAGGAAGCUUCUGGGUUGUUGAAGUUAGAGUUGGAAGCAAAUUCAGGCAAGCAGGAAAUCGAGAGGAUCGCCAAAGAAAACCUUUCACAAGGGAUCAAGGUAUUUGUAUAUCCUCCUGUAGUUAAGCCUGAUGAAGAUAUAGAAGUGUUUCUUAACAAAAGUGUUUCAACACUAAGUUAUGAACAAGACAUUUUCAUCAUGGGUGCAUUUAAUGAUUGGAGGUGGAAAUCUUUUACCUUUAGGUUAAGUAAAACACAUCUCAAAGGUGAUUGGUGGUCUUGCCAAAUUCACAUUCCAAGAGAAGCCUACAAAGUAGACUUUGUGUUCUUCAAUGGCCAGGAUGUGUAUGACAAUAAUGACCAAAAGGACUUCUUCAUACCUGUUGUUGGUGGAAUGGAUGCGCUAGCGUUCGAAGAUUUUUUGCUCGAGGAGAAACGUAAGGACCUAGAAAAGCUUGCCAGGGAGGAAGCCGAAAGGGAAAGACAGGCGGAAGAGCAAAGACGAAGGGAAGCUGAGGAGGCUGCUAAAGAAGCAGACAGGUUGCAGGCAAGGGUGGAAACUGAAAGAAGGCGAGAAUUGUUGCCACAAUUGAUGGAAAAUGCUGUGAGGUCCCUUGAUAAAGUUUGGUAUGUUGAACCUAGUGAAUUUAAAGGCAAGGACUUGAUUAGACUAUAUUAUAAUAAAAGCUCAGGUCCUCUUACAAAUGCUGAGGAAAUUUGGAUUCAUGGUGGGUACAAUAAGUGGAAGGAUGGAUUAUCAAUUGUAAAAAAGCUUAACAAACCUGUCGUAGAAGGCGAUGAUUGGUGGUAUACUGAUGUCGUUGUACCUGAACAAGCUUUUGUACUGGAUUGGGUAUUUGCUGAUGGUCCACCUCAAAAUGCUAUUGUGUAUGAUAACAAUAGUAAUCAAGACUUCCAUGCUAUUGUCACAAUACCUGAUGAAAAAUAUUGGGUUGAGUUAGAGCAGCUGAUAUACCAAAAACUCCAGGAGGAAAGGAAGUUAAGAGAAGAAGCUAUUCAUGCAAAGGCUGAAAAUACAGCAAAAAUGAAAGCUGAAACAAAGGAAAGAACUUUGAAAGGAUUUUUGCUUUCCCAAAAGCAUAUUGUCUACACAGAGCCUCUAGAUGUUCAAGCAGGAAGCACAGUGACAGUAUUUUAUAACCCCUCCAACACAAAUCUCAAUGGAAAACCUGAGGUCUGGUUUAGAUGUUCGUUUAAUCGUUGGUCUCACCGUAAUGGUCCUUUGCCACCUCAGAGAAUGCUGCCAGCAGAGAAUGGUACUCAUGUUAAAGCCACGGUCAAGGUUCCACUGGAUGCAUACAUGAUGGAUUUUGUAUUCUCCGAGAGUAAAGAUGGUGGAGUCUUUGAUAACAAAUUUGGAAUGGAUUAUCACAUACCUGUUUUUGGAGGUAUUGUAAAGGAAUCACCUUUGCAUAUCAUCCAUAUUGCCGUUGAGAUGGCCCCAAUUGCAAAGGUUGGAGGCCUUGGUGAUGUUGUUACUGGUCUAUCCCGGGCCGUCCAGGAUUUAAGUCACAAUGUGGACAUCAUUCUUCCAAAGUAUGACUGUUUGAACCUUAGCAAUGUAAAGGACUUCAAUUUUCACAAAAGCUAUUUCUGGGGUGGAACUGAAAUAAAAGUAUGGCAUGGAAAGGUUGAAGGCCUGUCUGUCUACUUUUUGGAGCCUCAAAAUGGAUUUUUCUGGGUUGGAUGUGUAUAUGGUCGUAAUAACGAUGCAGAGAGAUUUGGUUUCUUUUGUCAUGCUGCUCUUGAAUUUCUACUCCAAAGUGGAUUCCAUCCUGAUAUAAUUCACUGCCAUGAUUGGUCCAGUGCUCCAGUUGCAUGGUUAUUUAAAGAAAACUAUGCACAUUAUGGUCUUAGUAAAGCACAAGUUGUCUUCACAAUUCAUAACCUUGAAUUUGGAGCUCACUUCAUCGCGAAAGCUAUGAAAUACUCAGACAAGGCUACAACUGUUUCCCCCACUUAUUCAAGGGAGAUUGCUGGACAUCCUGCAGUUGCCCCUAAUCUUCACAAGUUCCAUGGCAUAAUAAAUGGAAUUGAUCCAGAUAUAUGGGACCCUUAUAAUGACAAUUUUAUUCCUGUACCAUACACAUCUGAAAAUGUUGUUGAAGGGAAAAGAGCUGCCAAGCAAGCUCUCCAGGAAAGGCUUGGUUUGAAACAAGCUGAUCUUCCUUUAGUUGGAAUCAUUACUCGAUUGACUCAUCAGAAAGGAAUCCAUCUCAUCAAACAUGCCAUAUGGCGCACACUAGAACGCGGUGGACAGGUUGUGUUACUAGGUUCGGCUCCAGACCAUCGCAUCCAAAAUGAUUUUCAGAAUUUGGCCAAUCAAUUACAUUCUUCUCAUAGUGAUCAUGCCAGACUUUGCCUUUCAUAUGAUGAGCCUCUUUCACACUUGAUAUAUGCUGGUGCUGAUUUCAUUCUAGUUCCUUCAAUCUUUGAGCCAUGUGGACUCACUCAACUCACUGCAAUGAGAUACGGCUCAAUACCUGUUGUUCGAAAAACUGGAGGACUUUAUGAUACAGUAUUUGAUGUUGAUCAUGAUAAGGAUAGAGCACAAGCGCAAGGUCUCGAGCCAAAUGGAUUUGGUUUUGAUGGAGCUGAUGCUGGGGGUGUUGAUUAUGCACUAAAUAGGGCAAUAUCAGCUUGGUAUGAUGGGCGUGAUUUGUUCAACAGUUUAUGCAAAAGGGUGAUGGAGCAAGACUGGUCUUGGAACCGGCCUGCCCUUGAUUAUUUGGAGCUUUACCAUGCAGCACGCAAGGCUGCAUCUAACAGCUAAAUUCAUGUGAAGUUGAUAGCUGACGUUAAAUGAUUUGACAAGUUUGACUAAAUUACCUUCUAACAGCUAUCGACUAUCAAAUUCACAUGAAUUUCUACCUUCAAAGUAAUAUUGAGAUUCUUCUCUCUUUUGUACAGGUUUUGGUCUAAAAGUAACUAGUAGUUACAUAUAGUGAAUCCUAGUCAAAGAUUGCUACUGCAAGGUGGCAUCACUUUGUGUAGAAGAGCCUCAGAUGGUUAAUGAUUUUAGUGGCAUGCAAUAAAAUAGGUUAAGUUUUGCACUAGCCUUUUGUUUUCUUUCAAAUAUUUAAAUACAUUAUUCAAUAAAUAUUAUUCAAAGAUAUAGUAUUUAAUAA